AUGGCUGAAAUGGGAAGCGCUUUGCCUACCUCGGGAGGUCUCUAUUGGUGGACUUUCAAGUUUGCCCCAGAGGCACUGAAGAAACCUCUUUGUUUUCUAGCGGGCUAUUCCAACACCCUAGGUUUAGUCGGUGGUGUAGUAUCCAUCGACUACGGAUUCGCUUCUAUGGUGUUGUCUGUUCCUUCAAUAGCAGAUCCUCAUUUCACCCCCAAUAAGUACCAAACUUACGGUGUGUUUGUAGCAUGUGUUCUCAGUCAUAUGGUGAUUGGCUCGGUUGCCACCACUGUUAUGUCAAGAUUACAGACUUUUUGUAUUGUUAUUAACAUGCUGGUCAUUGUGAUAACUGUGAUUGCUGUCCCAAUAGGAGCAAAGAAUCUUCGUUCCGGACAUGAAGUGUUUACCGACACUACCAACUUGAAUGACUGGCCAUAUGGUUGGACGUGGAUGUUAUCUUGGAUGUCGGCCAUUUGGACUAUCGGAGCUUUUGACAGUUGUGUACACCUUUCUGAAGAGGCUACAAAUGCUGCUACUGCUGUUCCUUUCGGUAUUGUUUUAUCCAUCUCCAUGUGCGGUGUUUUAGGAUUCGCCAUUCUAGCUGUUCUAAUUUCCAGCAUUAGCGACUUCAGCGCUGUGAUUAAUACUGCUACCGGCCAACCAAUGGCUCAAAUUUAUUUAGAUGCAUUGGGAAAGAAGUGGACUAUCGCCAUGAUGAUUAUGUUGUUUAUCGUCCAAUGGUUCAUGGGUCUCUCUCUCUUAGUCGCCGCAUCUCGUCAAACUUGGGCUUUCAGCCGAGAUGGUGCCCUCCCUCUUUCUUGGUGGGUACGUAAAAUUAACAUGAAGCUUCAGGUUCCUGUUAGAGCUGUGAUCUUUGAUGGUGUUUUGUGUCUAGUCAUUGGAUUGCUGGUACUGGUUGAUACCGCUGCCGCUCUUGCUCUGUUUUCUUUGGCUCCUGCUUCUAAUGGUUUGGCAUGGCUCUUACCUAUCUUCUGUCGCCAUGUAUGGUUUGACAAGGAUGCAUUCAAACCCGGUCCUUUCUACCUCGGCCAUUUCUUUUCCCGACUUAACGGACUUUUUGCAUCUGUCUACUUGAUUUUUGUGGUAUUUGUACUUUCAAUGUGGCCAGCUUCUGGUCCUGACCCAACUCCUCAAGAUAUGAACUACACCUGUGUCAUCAACGGGGCUGUUUGGGUAGGUUCCCUUCUGUAUUACUUCCUCUCGGCCAGAAAAUGGUUCGAGGGACCUCAACAAACUUUGGAUACCGAGGAGAUUCAUGGUGUUGAUUUGAUUGCGACCCAUAGUCAGCACCACCAUGGUGAGGGUCAUGAACACCAACAUCAGCACGAACAACCUCAAGAGGUGUUUGAGCACGCUGAAAAGACCCCGUUCUAA